GUCACAGUGUGAUCUGAAACUUUGAACGGCCGCGCUCGCGGGCCCGAGAAACUCUUGCGAUUAAAUUUGUCGAUUUUUAACCGUAAUUUUUGGUGAAAUUUACUCAUUUUUGCAUAUGUUUCGAAGCUAACAACAAGAUUAAACAUCUGGAUACUUCAGAAUUUACUUUUAUCCGAGAAUUUAUCUUCCUAAAGUGCUUCAAAGUAGGUGCUGCAUCUCUUUUGAUAGAACUUACGUCGAAUUGAAUACGUGGGAACACAGAUCACAAAAUCAAAACAAAGAGCACGUGCUCGCCGCGCCUCAUUGAGCCUUGACUCGAGGUUUGUUCGACUUGGACUAACUGUUGAACCGUCCAGACUAGACUAGCUUAACUGCUUAAGUAAGACAAUGGGAGAAGACAAGUCUGACAAAAGUGACAGUUCUGUUGGAUCAAACAGCAUUGAGGAACCAGAGUAUGGAUGUCAACUCAAGAUUUUAAAAUUGAACAACCAAAUUCAUGAACUGCAAACACUCAUCAGAGAUAAGACAACUUCAAGAGGAGACUUUGUAUUCUAUGCAAACAGGCUGAUCCGAUUGGUUGUUGAGGAGGGCUUGAACCAGCUACCUUACAAGACAUGUGAAGUGAUCACACCGACAGAUGAACCCUUUGAUGGAGUGGAGUUUCUUCAUGGAAAUUGUGGCGUCAGCAUUAUGAGAAGUGGCGAGGCCAUGGAACACGGUCUGCGAGACUGUUGCAGGUCGAUACGAAUCGGCAAGAUUCUGAUCAAAACAAAUGAAGAAACGGACGAGGCCAAGGUGUACUAUGCCAAGUUUCCACCCGAUAUUAGUAGACGAAGAGUGCUUCUCAUGUACCCUAUACUUAACUCAGGAAACACUGUGAUACAAGCAGUAAGGGUCCUCCAAGAACAUGGUGUUGAUGACAAAAAUAUUCUUCUUCUCACUCUCUUCUGUACUCCACAUGGUGUAGAGACUGUGAUCAAGGAAUUUCCAAACAUCACCGUCUUGUCAUCGGAAAAGGACCCGGUUCCACCAGUCCACUUUGGUCAGAAAUAUUUUGGGACAGAUUGACCAUCCACUGACCGAUGAAGAAAUAAUGGACAAUGAUUCAUUGCAAGAAUGCAAGAAUACCAUCGGAAUUCAUCAAGGUAUCCUUCCUCCAUGUACAAGUAGCCUUGCAGCGCUGUCUUUGCUGUUAAGUGAAACACAAGUGACGUGUGUGAUACAGUCAAGCAUUAUAAGCAUAUUAUAUGAAGGGAUUAUUUCAAGCAUUAUUUUAAGAUCCGAAAAAUAUCUUUCUUCACCGCACUAUACUCAACUUCUGACGUUACUUUAUCCAUCAAUGGUUGAAGGUCCAAACCUAUUCAUAGAUCAAAUGGAAUUUUGAUACGUGUGUUUGAGAUUGUUACACUAAAGCAUCAUUUUUAUUUCCAGUUUAAGCUACCUUUUCAUAAUCCCUGAUUGGGAUUUGAUGUAUAAAUUUACUGGUAGUCAUUUCUUACUACAUUUGAGAUACAAGGUAUUUGUCAGCAACAUACGUGACAUACAUAAUCACUUUGUGUUUUUAAGGUCCCCCUUCCUAUCCCAUUGAAUUUGGCUGAAGUACAUUAUUUAUUCACUGAUCAUUGUGUUCAUAUUUGUUUCUAUACACUGUUUUUAAAGAAAAACUCUUCAAUACAAUUAUAUACAGUUCAUUGUUAUUUUGAUUUUAGAAUUCUAGUUUAAAUAAAUUUGCCAUAUUAUAUUGCUUCCCGUUUAUCCACAUGAUGCCCAAACAUGAUCCAUUAUCGCCCAAACUCCAUAAUCCAUACUGUGCUCAAAAAGAAAUUUCAUUGCAUCCAAGAUUUUGUGUGGAUGUGUCUAUUUCAACAAUGCUCUUUUCCGUAUACAAUUUGAUGAUGGACUUCUGGCAUUCCAACGUAAUCUAAGUCGGGUGAGCAGAGUAUUUUGUGUAAAGAUUUCUCUUCAGACCCACAUAUUCGAUUCCAUGAAUUUGUCAUCAUUUUGUUAUGCAUCUUUCCUGGACAAGACGAGGGGAGCACUUCAUCAAACAUUUUUCAUCUGACAAGACGUCAAAUCUGCCACCUUUCUUUGAUUCUGAUUGGCCGAGAAGCACAUUUCCCAUGGAAAAUGUCAGAUUAAACGGGACUUGUCGGAUAAACAUUCGACAAGUGCUUUCAUUGAAUGCUCCCCUGCUAUCAGUUAUUCUGAGAUAUUGAAAAUGUACAAAUUUACAGUAUAUUUGUAACAGGUCAUUGGCAACCUUAUACUCUAGUCUUUGUAUACUUAUCUUUAGAUUAUAUAAGUUUCGAUAUGGUGCUACUUCUAUCAAAUGGAGAUUCCAAUUACAUUCAAUCUGGCAGUCUAAACAUUUUGCAAGCUAAUAAUCUGACAUGACACGAACCCAGAAAGGAGAUCAAAUGUCUCACCAGAUUACUAUUAACCCUAUCUAGGCCGAGGGGGGGGGGGCCUCGGAGGCCUCCCCCCUCAACGAUUCGCGCAAUAUUUUCGCCGCGCGAAAUUUAUUGACCGCGCCGCUCGCUGACUUUUUACUUUGAAGUCUUGCGUAACUUUUGAGACCAAUUUUGCGUCACCCAGGUACGUGGUUCCGAAAUUACGCAACAUUAUGUAAGUUCAUGUCAGACCAAAAAUUGCUCAAAAACGUGAUUUUGUGUACAAAGUCAAUGCAAAUUGUGUUUUCAACCAAAAAUCAUAAAUGUAUGGUUAUUUUUAGUUUUACUGGUCUGAAUGUAUUUAUUUUAUGCUUUUUAUGAUCUCAGAAGAGUCCCCAACAAAUUUCAUUGAAAAAACAAUGAAAAACAAAAGGUAAAAAAACAAAGAAACAUAAGAAAUUGCAAAAAACAAUAUAAUACAUAAGAAAAUGAUUUGAUAUCGCAAUUUUGAUCAUGUACACUUGCUAAGAGCACCACAAAGAGUUUCUAUACCAAAAAUUAGAACAUUUGGAGCUUUAUUUAGGGAGUUAAAGGAAAAAGUAUGAUUUCGCAUACUAAUUACGCAUGAAUUAGCAUUAUCACUUAAAAGCAAUUUGCAUGAAAUAAAUUACUAUACAAUUUUGUAGAUUAUGGCCCAGACAACCCGCGUGCCAAUUUUCGGCGCGAUCAUGCGGUCGACGGCCAAGAUCUCCCCUCCCCUGGCCAUAUGAACUCCCAAAAUACCCCGGCCUAGAUUAUAUAUAUGUAGAUAGGGUUAAAGCUUGAAGUCAAUCUUUAUUUUUACAUUAAAGGGGAAUCCAGCCUUGGCCAUCAAAUGUUGUGUUGGGAAGGAGAAAAAUAAAUUAAACAGAGUGGUGAAAGUUUGAAAGAAAUCGGACAAGCAAUAAGAAAGUUAUAGCUGCUUUAAAAUUUAGAUCACUAAUACUAUGUAGAUUUCAAAUUGGCAACUGGGUAAGUAAAUUAUGACAAGGGGCAAGGACAACUUUUCCAUAGGCCAUGUACUUUAUUAUCAGGGAUUUGUGGUUUUCUCCUAAGUACCCAUUCCCCUGGGGCAGUAAUCUAAAUAUAACCCAGGUAGUAUAUUGUUUUAUGUCCUCAUGAAAGAAAAAUAUAAUUUGAAAUAAAACUUUUGGAAAAAAUCACAUUUUAGCCAUAAUAUGUAUUGGAGUACAUGGAAGAGUAGUCCUUGCCUUACAUCACUAUGACAUCCCAUAUGUGGCCACUUUGAAGUCUCCAUGGGUAUAGUGAUUACCAAUAUUUACAACUUUUAAAAAUUCAUAACUUUCUUGUUGUUUGUCCAAUAUUGUUCAAACUUUCACAUAUCGACUUGUCUGAUUUUUCUUUUUCUUAUAAAAACAAGUUUUUAAUUGGGUUGGAUUCCCCUUUAAAGAUUUAAUUAGUAAGCCCAACUAGCUGGACUCCAACAGCUGUACAUUUGUGUACAAUAAUGUGUGUUACUGAAUGUGUUGUAUCAGCAUUUGUGUACAGUGUACAUACGCAGUGAUUCGAUCAAACAAUCUGCAAUCUGGUGUAGACUCUCUUCUGCUAGUAGUUGAUGCUUGAUUUCAAAUUGUUAAAGGAGAAUGAAACUCUUGGAGCAAGUUAGCUUUUGUGAAAGCAGAAAAAUCAAAGAAUAAGAUCAACAAAAGUUUGAGUAAAAUAGGACUAGCAAUAGAAGAGUUAUGAGCAUUUGAAUGUCGAGAUCACUAAUGCUAUGGAGAUCCUCCCAUUGGCAACGCAACCAAGAUCUAUGAUAUCACAGAUGAACAACUCUCCCCUUUUGGACACUGAAAAUAUACCCCAAAACAUCUCUUUUUGCUCAUUCUAAUCAUAUGACAAACGAUUCAUCAAUGAUAUAAUGUUGUGAAACCUCUGUACUUGUCCUCUCAUAAAGAGAACACCUCACCUUGUGAUAGAUUCUAUAAAAGUGAGAAUAUAAGUGAAAUAAGUACUAAAGCAAUGAGGGAGUUGUACGUGUGUGACAUCACAGAUCUUGGUCGCAUUGCCAAUGAGAGGAUCUACAUGGCAUUAGUGAUCUCAAUAUUAGAAUUCUCAUAACUUUCUUAUUAUUCAUUCAAUCUUCCUAAAACUUUCAACAAUAUGUUUCUUUGAUUUUUCUCUUUGAUAUGGAUUCAGCUGGUUUCAAGGGUUUCAUUCUCCUUUAAUGUUGACGGGUAAUAUGAGGGUUGACGGGUAAUACGAGGGUUACUUAAUACUGCUGGAGUCUGUAAUUAAAACCAACUUGAUUUCAUGGGGGACUCCCUAAUCUUAAGUUUGAGGUCUUUUUUUUUAAUAUGAUAUUGUACUGGAAAUAUGUAUUACGUAUUCAUAUAUUUAGUAGAGAUGUUACAUAAAGAACAAAAAUGAUGUGAAUGAAAACAAUUAUGUUCAUUUAUUUCAUUUCUUCCUUAUUGUUAAUAAAAUAUGUAUGAGAUAGUA